AUGCUCUUUCAGGUAGCGGUUGCAGCUGUGGCAGGCACGGUGACUGCCAUAGUUGGACUAUGGAUGGUAACUGUUGUUUUGAGGCAGAGACUGCGCCAGAUGCCCGCCAAAUGGAAAGAUUUUGUGGAAUUCGCCCAUCAAUCCAAGGCCCCGAUCCCCAACGUGGUCAAGACACCAUCGAUGCGACGCCAGCUUAUUUUGUCGUCUCUUAAACCAGCAUUGUUGACCUCGAUGCUUGAAAUGCGUGCAGAUACUGUUGAUGUCCGUGUAGUCGGCAAGCCAACCCGCAGAAAGAUCUAUGGCUUUUUCCACCCCAAUGCCAAUGCGGGCGGAGGAGGAGAGCGCGUUCUUUGGGCGGCUGUUAAAACAGCCCUAGCUGAGGAGGCCAAGAUUGCUGCAAUUUAUGUCGGAGUUGAGGAUAACUUGACACCCAAAGUCCUGCUGGAGAAGGCCGCAGAGCGUUUUAAUAUCCAGUUCAGUGCACAAGAGGUGGAUCGUAUCGUGAUCAUCUUUUUGACUCAAAAGCAGCUCAUCGAGCCGUCUUUAUACCCGAUUUUUAAUCUCGUUGGUCAGGCAUUUGGUCAGGCACUGCUUGGUUACGAGGCUAUUUCCAACUUGGUUCCAGACGUGUUCAUUGACACCACUGGUCUCCCGUUCAGUUAUCCAGUUGUUCGUUGGUUUGCCCAGAUUCCAGUGGUGGCUUAUGUCCACUAUCCGUUCAUCCAAAGCGAAAUGAUCAGCUCACUUCGGCUUUUUUCACCUAAACAGAUUUACUGGCGGGCUCUGUUGAUCGCCUACAAGGUAGCUGGUCUUUUUGCCAACAAAGUGAUGGCUAACUCUACCUGGACUAAACAGCAUCUGGCGCGAACGUGGGGUAAGAAGGACAUUGAUAUUGUCUAUCCACCAGUAGCUGUUCAGGAUUUCCCUGAAGUGACGGGUAAAGAGGAGCGGGUGGCUGUAUUGGCAUAUGUUGCGCAAUUCCGGCCCGAGAAGCGCCAUGAGCUUGUUCUCAAAGCGUUCGCCCGACUCAUUGCCUCAGAUAAAAAGUUCCAUGGAAAAAAGCCCCACCUCAUCUUACUGGGAUCUGUCCGAAAUUUGGCAGACCAGCAACGGGUUGCGUACCUGAAAGAGCUCGGAACUUCACUACAGCUCACUGAUAGCGACUAUACCAUUGUUGAAAAUGCCCCAUGGGUUGCUGUUAAACGCAUCCUCCAGACCUCUUUGAUCGGUCUUAAUGCUAUGUGGAAUGAACACUUUGGUAUGGGUGUUGUUGAAGUGAUGGCUGCUGGAUUGAUACCUAUUGCCCAUACCAGUGCUGGACCUCUUUUAGAUAUCAUCAAAGAUGAUCAAGGCACACCGGGAUUCUUUUUCAAGUCCAAGUCCGACCCUGACUACAAACCAUGCGAGUAUCCCAAACUGAGCGACGCGAUGCGAUCUGUUCUUUCUUUACCGGUCGAGGAGCAGCGGGCACUUAGCGUGCGGGCAUAUAAAGCCAGCCUGAGAUUUUCCGACGAGGCUUUCACCAAAUCCUGGGAGAGCUCGCUUUCCAGUAUCCCCAAGACCGAAGAAAAGUACCGAGCACUGCGGGUCAAAUCGGGACUCUUUGAUUAA